CUAACCGUCCUACAGCAGGAGAGCUACACUUCAGCUCCCAGUUGGGAAUCUAUGCCAUCUGUGGCUGGAUGGACAAGGCAAAAGAGUACAAAAGGAAGUUCUUCCUCCUCCUCAUUGCUACCCUCAUCUUCAUCAUCUGUAUCACUAUCACAUCCACGACGUACAGGACCCCAAAGCCACGUGUAGCUCUUAAAACUUGCCGCUUGCAGGUCUCUGAGCAGACCAUCACCCCCCUCAGCAAUACCAAGCACUUCCUGGUGUCAGCCUACGUGGAUCAGAGAGUGAAGGACUUGGAUAUUCGCAUCAUUGGCAUAUUUAGGAGAGACUCCAUCCAACCCCUUUACUGUCUUUUCUGCUGUGCUGGCUGGUUAUCACACACAACUCCAACAAAAAUUUUGCAGCACUCAGACAGUUUUGGUUUUCCUUUCAUCACCACUGAUGUCAUGUGUCAGAUUCCUGAUAACUGCAGCGCUACACAUGUCAGUCUCCUGACUCAUCCAGACAGAGAGAUGAUACUAGCCAACCAGAUCUGGCUUCCUAUAAGAAACCAGAAGAUCAAUGGGAACGAGGAGAGGAAGUUGCAGUUUAACUUUACCUUCUGCGUCUCCAACCUGUUUGGAAACUACAACAACGUGCUUCAGUUUGCACAGACCCUGGAGAUGUACAGGUUGCUGGGUGUAGACAGGGUGGUGAUUUACAACACCAGCUGUGGCCCAGACCUGGAGCGCCUGCUGCAGAGCUACAGCCAGGAGGGCUUUGUGGAGAUGGUUCCUUGGCCCAUCGACAAGCAUCUGAAUCCAUCUCAUGGCUGGCUCUUCUCACAGAGCGGAGGGGACGUGCACUACUUCGGCCAGCUGACCACCCUUAACGAGUGUAUUUACAGAUCCAUGGCCCGCUCACGCUACGUCUUGUUGAAUGACAUUGAUGAGAUUAUAAUGCCGUACCAGCACAACAACCUGAUGUCUCUGAUGGACAUGCUCCAAGAGCAGCAUCCAAAUACAGGAGUCUACCUCAUUGAGAACCACAUCUUCCCCAAGAAACAUUUUGAGCCAAGUGGGAGGUUUCACCUGCCUCAGUGGGACGCCGUGCCGGGAGUUAAUAUUCUGGAGCACAUCUACAGGGAGGACCCCGACAGAAAUAUUUACCACCCAUACAAGAUGAUUGUUCAGCCAAGGUUGGUGGUGCGGACUUCAGUGCAUGACGUGCUCAGGCAUUAUGGACGACAGAUUAAGGUUCCGAUGGAGAUUUGUCGGCUCAUUCAUGUCCGCGUGCCUCUGCGGGGGUCGUUGAAGCUGGAGCAGCUCAAUGAGGACAAACGACUGUGGGACUUCGACGAAGAGCUGAUUCCCAAUGUGGACAAAGCUCUGAGGAGAGCGGGGCUGCUGAGCCCAGAGGGGCAGAGCUGAUGUGUAAAAGACACUCUGAUGUCACACAUGCUGAACAGGUUGAAUGUGACCCUCACCAGCGGGGUCAUUUCAUAUCAUCCUGUUUUAAUCUCAGUGUCACUGCUACUGAUUUCUAAAAUGAUUCCUUAUCUUGCACUAAACGGACACCACACCCCCUUCCCUCAACGACUAUGCUAAAAACUACACUGGAUUAAACGCUGCUUAGUUGUCUUUAUUUUAAGACUGCUCAACUUUCAAAAUACUGUAGAUGCACUGACUGUUUGGAGAGCGACUAAGUGUCCUAAUCAGUUGCGACCACCCUCCCUCUGCAUUUUAUCUAUGACUGAAUAUUCAAACUAAUAAUAUAACACCUCGACACCCUCUCUGAACAUGCACUCCCUAUCCAACAUUUUGGCUCAUAUCGAGGUUAAAGUAGGCAAACAUUCUACAUUUAACCUCCUAAGACAAAGG